GCUCCACGUUGAGUGUUUCACUUCCACUACCGUCUUCCCCCUCUGGCCGGAAAUAUCGCUUGUAUACAUUCAUUUUUAGCGCACGUUAUGUUCGGGGGAAGACGGUAGGCCCUCAAAAUGGCGGAAUCACAAAAUGAGCGGCCAGAUCGAGUGCUCCUCGAGUGCUCCUUUGACAGGGACUCAAUCUGGCCGCUGAUUUUGAGGGCCUUGUCUCAGCUCUGCUCUCUCCAGCUAGACGUGGACACGAAGAUGGAGGCGGCGGAGAUGAAGGUGGCGGAGAUGGAGGCGGCGGAGAUGGAGGCGGCGGAGAUGGAGGAGGCGGAGAUGGAGGCGACGGAGAUGGAAGCUGAAGCUGGAUCUGGAGACGACGAAGAUGGAGGCAGAGAUGGAGUCGGAGGUGGAAGCUGAAGCUGGAGCUGCAGAUGGGAGUCAAGGAAAAUGCCGUACGCUCAGCUCUCCUCUCCCAGGUUGAUUUUCCCCUCAGCUCUCCUCUCCCAGGUAGAUUUUCCCUCACCUCUUUCCAGUCCAGCUAGGUUUUCCCUCAGCCGCUGACGACGGUCGGUGCAGGUCGUGUUGCUGGAGAGAGCCUUUCGGUGCUCCUCACAGUAGACAGGCCCUCCGGUCAUUCGCAGCAUCCGGGCCUUAAGUGAUCUGCCGGCUGUGUCAAUGACCCCAGCAAAGGCCUUAAGUGAUCUGGAAGAGCGAGCUCUACAAAAGAUCUAUUAGGUACGGAACAAGCACAAGAUGGUGAACGAUAGCGGCACUGCACUACGACCUUCCGGGCCUAUCGACACAUUUUGCUUGGCAAACCCUUCGGGCCUAUCGAUACAUUGCUUGGCAAACCCUUCGGGCCUCUCGCGACAUUGCUUGUUGGCAAACGGCAAACCCUUCGGGCCUAUCGCGACAUUGCUUGGUGGCAAAGGGUGUGGAAAUGAAGGGUGCAUCUUUCCAGUUUGAACGCAAAGAUGCCGUACCCUCGCCAGCAGGUGCUGCUGCCCACGAAUAGAUCGGAGACAAGUGUAAUUAAACAAAAAAAAAACAAAAAAAAAAGAAGAAGUAGAAGAAAUGAAAUGAAAUGAAAUGAAACAG